ACGUCUCAUUAAACAUGAGCCCAGUAGCCUCUGACUCACUGUGUGUUAGCGUUACUUUCGUUUCAUCUGGUCAUAAGUUUUGUUUUCCUGCGCUCACGCCCACGCAUGCGCAAUGAUACAAUCAAGUUUCGAUUCUGGUAGCGCAGAUAAAAAGCAGCUGACGGUUCUUCCGAAGUCACACCCGAGAUGUUUUCCUGGGGAGAGAACGACCGGCAGGGCUCCCGAUCGCGAGACGGCCCCAACAUCUCACCAGGCGGGGACGGGGUUCACCUUUUUAACCUCGGCCAUGACGUCACUGACCUGUCCGCGGGCCACUGCGUGCUCGCCUUCAUCAAAAGCAACGCGGAUGCUGUCGCCAUCAUGCGCACCCACGAGGGCACAGAUGGCCAGAGGGUCCGAGGGAAACAGAAGUUUGUGAAGUGUAAAGAGAAGAUUCAGGCCGUGGUUUGUGGUGAUGAUGAUGAUGAUGAUGAGGUCACACUGCUUUCUAAGGGAGGAACGGUUCUCUGUGUGGACACAACAGCUGGCACUUACAUUCCAAAGCCCCUGGAAGCCUUUUCUAACAUAGCAGUGUCUCAGGUUGCUUGUGGGAGCCGGCACUCAGUGGCCCUCACCCAAGGGGGUCAGGUGUACACAUGGGGCCGGGACUCCAGGGGCCAGCUGGGUCUGGGGAGGAGCGGGCGGCGCUCCGACUCGCCCCAACACCUCCUCUCUCUGUCGGCGCUCCCCCUGGUCCAGGUGGCUGCUGGGGGAGACCAGAGCUUCGCCCUCUCCAUCUCCGGAGGCGUGUUCGGCUGGGGCGGGAACAACCGCGGGCAGCUCGGGCUGGGAGACACAACGGACAGACUGACGGCAACUCCUGUUUGUUGCCUGAACGCAAAGAAAACUAUUUACAUUUCCUGUGGAAAGGACCACACUGCCAUUUUGACAAAGAAUGGGGCAGUGUUCACAUUCGGCUCUGGUCAAUACGGGCAGCUCGGGCACAACUCAUUCGCCGAUGAACUACGACCUCGGCUUGUUGUGGAGCUCUGGGGGGCAAAGGUCACCAAGGUUGCAUGUGGACGGCAUCACACAUUGGCGCUGACGGACUCCAACAGGGUCUACUCCUUCGGGUGUGGAGAGCAGGGGCAGCUGGGACGCGGAGAGGAGAGCCAUCCGUCGGUGCCGCUAGCCGUUCGACUGCCACGGGACGCCAGAAAUGAUCUUCAAAUUAAAAACAUCUACGCGGGAGGAAACUGUUCGUUUGCAACGCGCACGCCCAUUAAGAAAGCGCACAAGGAGUCAAACGCCGCCGGCGUCGGCGACGUAACCGGCGACGUGAUCGACAGAUGGGUCUCUGUAUGUGAUUCAAAGUCGUGGAAAAAGAUCAAACGGGAGAUCCGCAGGACGUUCUCCUCCGCGUCCGCUGUCAAUCAAAUCUUCCUCGACCAAAGCGAAGACAAACAUUUCCAGACCUCGUCAAAGUACUCCGGCCUGGACUUGUCAGCUGCGCGACACGCUUUCGAGAACCUGGCGAAGAAGGAUCAGGUUUCGGCGGAGGUCGAGGCCGCCCUCCUGCAGAUGCUCUCCGCUCUCGAUGAGAUGCCAAUGGGAGUGGAGGGCUUGAGGGUCUUCCUGCUUCUCAACGAGCUCCUGCGCGCCAUCCAGAGCAAGGAGCUCGCCGAGGCGGUCGCCACCGCCGUGCGGAGGCUCUGUGCCGAUAGCCUCCAUGUCUUAGGGGACUGGUGGUCCUCUCUGCCGCCCUCCACCAUGGAGGAGCACGUUGAGGUGUGGAAGCAGGCCCUCUCACAGAGCCUGUCCUCACAGUCAACUGUCCCUUGUGGCCCCGGAGUCAGAAACCUGCUGCUCGUCCUCCAAAUGAUGUACAACGCCAACCACAGGGUUGCAGGACGCCAGAGGAUCUCGGAACAAGCUUUCGGUCUGGAGUUUAGUCCGAUCUUUCUUCAAGCGGAGCUGCAGCAUUGGUGUCGGAUGUCCAGUAUCGAGCUGCUGGUCAUUUUUAACUUCCCAUUUGUGAUGGAUCUGAAAUCGAAGAAAAUGGCUUUUGACAUCUACGCCUCAUACACAAAGCAAAAACACCUGCACAACAUGGGGUUCCUGUUUGGAAUACCACCGUCAAUUCAAUUCUUUGAACUGAAGCUGAAGCGAGCGUCACUUUUGGAAGGCACCUUCAAACAACUGGCUGCUGCUCAUCCCAGUGACUUCAAGAAGCAACUGGUGGUCUAUUUUGAUGAGAACCCAGAGGUCAAGCACGUCUUCGAAAAGGACCUUUUCCACCACUUGUUUGGGGAAAUGAUGACAACUGCAUCCGGGAUGUUCAUGUUCAACGAUUCCGAAACGCUGGCAUGGUUCCCCUCCACGACUACAGAGGAGGGUAAGACCAACUUCUUCCUGCUUGGUGUUCUGUGUGGACUGGCCUUGUACAACCACAGCCUCAUACACUUCCCCUUCCCGCUGGCUCUGUUCAAGAAGCUGCUCGGAGUCGAGCCGACGCUGGACGACUUAAAGGAAUUCAGCCCGGCUGUUGGAAAGAGACUGCAGUGCAUCUUGGGCUAUGAAGAGGAGGAGCUAAAGGACCUGGACUUUGAGAUUAACUGGGGUGGGACAGAUGUUGACCUCGACCCCCAAAAUCCUCUAAAGCCGCUGACAGUUCAAAAUAAGAAGGAGUUUGUGGAUUCCUACGUGAGACACGCCCUCAGCGCGUCGGUGGUGGACGUGUUCGGGGAGUUCCAGCGAGGCUUCUUCCAGGUGUGCGAGCGAACGCUGGUGAAGCUGUUUCUGCCCGAGCAGCUGCGGGGGGCGCUGGUGGGCCAAGACGUCUACGACUGGCCCAAACUGAAACAGAACACAGUGUGGGGGCCUCACUUUGACGACAACACCAAGCAGAUGUUUUGGGAGAUCUUUGACGAACUGACUGAGGACCAGAGGAAAGAUUUCUUUUUGUUCGUGACUGGGUACCGGAUUGUUCCUAUUCUUGGCAUGGACCAGAUCCAGAUGAAGGUUCAAGUCCCGCAAGUCGAGAGCGGUCAGCACCGCCACGAUGAGCUCUUACCCGAGUCCCUGACGUGCCACUCCAUUCUGUACCUGCCCUUGUACUCGUCCAAGGAGCUCCUGCGGGGCCGGCUGACGGCGGCCCUGAUAAAGGAGAGAGGAUUCUCCAUGUGACGCUGGACUGGCUCUGGGCCUGAUUUUUUAUUUGCAUGUGCUACCUCGGGAUAAAAAAACAAACAUCCCUGUAAACACAUGUCACUCCGGUGUGCAGCAGAGCACUUUGAGUGUAACAGGAACAUAAUUCAUCUGAUCAUUUAGGCUUUUUAUGUUUAUAUUUCAUCGGUUUUACAUCUUCUCGGGAAGUCUUAAUUUGUUGGGGAUAAACGAAACAGUGUUUUGCCACUUUAUUAAGUAGCACCUUAAUUACUCUAAUGCAUUCCAUGCAUCUUGAUUUGGAUGAUUAUGUGUUAUUUAAACCGUAUGUUAAUCCAGGUUGUAGUUUUUGAACUGUAUAUUAACGGGGGUGUAAAUGGGGCUGGAGAAAAUAUUGUCAAUACAGUCGGGUAAGCCAACCGCUGUGUGUACGGUAUAGGUGACUUUUUAGAGAAUGUUCAACGACUUAAUCCCCGCCAUAGUGACGAUUACAUUUUGUAUAUAUUAUAUUUUGUUUGUACCUCCGAACAUGUUAUCAUGAUCUAUAUAUUUUUUAAAUCUGAAAAACACUCGACAACAUAACUACCCUUUUCACUUUAAUAAAAAUGUGAAGUUUGAUUACAUUUGAAGAAUAAAAGAUAAAUAUAUAUUC